CUCGACGCAAGUAUUUCAGGUGCGUCUGAAAAUCUGGAGUGAGGAUUAGCAAGUCGUCCAAAUACACGAAAACGUUGGAUCUAAGCUCCGUUGGUAUCACCCGAUCCAUAAGCAGCACCAAGCGUUGUGCCGCGUUGCACAGCCCGAUUGGCAUCAUUCGAAACUGGUACAACGGUCUGAAUGGAACCGUGUAUGCAGUGUACUCUUGACGCCUCUCGGCACUGGCUUCCCUACAACGGUUGGAGCAAGUCCGAACGCCUGCCAGAAGUCGACUCCGAAAUACACACUUUGCUCCAAGUAUGGGCAAAGGUAGAACGUGAACGGCUUACUUACGCCUUUGUACUUUACAGGCAGCUCCACGCGUCCGUUAAUGGAUCGGUCCUCACCAGAAGCCGUCCGGACUAUGGAAAAGUACAAUUGGACCGCAACUCCCAGCGUUUCCACCAGCUCUCGACAACCGUUGCCCAGCACACUUACACUGGCCCCCGUGAUAUUACCGUGUGCUCAGCCACAUACCAACAUAGUGCAGCUUCCUGCUCCUCUGUCUUCAAGCAUUUGAAAGGAAAACUUAGUUUUUGUGUCUGA